AUGGCCGAGGUGUUCGAGCGUGCAGCGGUGGAGCUCAAGACGGCUAAUGUAGCUGUUAGCGAUGCGGACAAACUGCAGCUGUAUGGACUAUUCAAGCAGGCGAUGAUGGGCGACUGUCGUACAGCGGCGCCCAGCGCCUUUCGCCCGGUAGAGCGGGCGAAAUGCUGGCACAAGUUGAAUGGUACAUCACAGCAAGACGCCAAACGCCAAUACGUGCAGCUGCUCUCGCCGCUUCUGUGGUUCGCUCUGGGCUACGCUAUCGUCAUCGUGUUGAGGUCCAAGGUAGGCUCAAGCUUUAAGACACGACGUCGUCGUCGCACGCCAGUGGAGUCAGAGCUAAAUGCAUUUCUUCGCAAACAUGGGGUUCACAUUGUACGUCAGCCAGAGGAAGGGUAUACUGCGCCACGUUUGAUGCUGAAGCUUCCAGAGGAUCAGGCGGCAUUCCAGUUUGGAGACCAUAACGCUACGAUCCCGUACAGUGUCGAACAGACUGCAGACGUGUAUUACCGUAAAUUCAAGGAGCCCUUGCCAGACCUGGCGAGCCGCCUAUUGGACUCUAUCGAAGUGCUUGAGGAACGACAUCUGGAGGAAUACUGCGCCGUCUACAAGCGCCGACUUCUGCGAUUCCGGAAUGAGGCUCCUUCUUUGAUCAAGCGUUUUGCGAGCUCUGACUACGUCGAAUACGUCGAAGACUCGUUGCUCGACCAGCAGAACCGCCUUUUCUAUGUGUACGUCAAGAACGAGUCUUUCCAGUCGCUGGGUGUGCUGGAAGACUUCUCCGUGUACGAAGCUGACGCAGACAAGUCGCACUUGACACAUCUCCACCAGUUCUGCCGUGUGCAUAUCACCAGCUCUUCCUUAUCGUUUUUCCGAUCGCAGAUUGAGUCGUUUAUCUCGAACUUCUAUUGCAAGAACGCCCCCGACGCCAGAAGUUAUCACCUCCAACGUAUUACAGAGGAAUUCGGUGAACCAGCUGAGUGA